AGCGAAGCAUUGCUAGCGUAGCGUACUAAACACAAGCACCUUGCGUGCAGGGCGGCAAAAGCUGACCUGCCGAUGAAGACGACGCUUCUUCCUUUUUUUGUUCUUUGAUUGAAGACGACGCUUCAAGUGGAUGGAGGACAGGGCGUCGGUAACGCUGCUCACGGCCGGCGGACGAGUUGGCCCAGAACAGCGCGCGGCAGCUGGAGGAUCACCGCCCGGCGCGUCGUGGACUCGUCCGGCUGCUCCGCCGUCGGGUGUUUGGGCGCUCGCUCACUAUGGUAGGGCCACUAUGGUAGACGGCCGGGCCUGACAGCCGUGGUGAACGCGGCACCAUGGAUUAUGACGGUCGCGGCAACGACCAUAGACCGCGACUUCGAGUCGGAUGUCGUGUUGGGUGGAAAUCGCAGCGCUGUCAAAGUGGGAGCUAUAAACUUCUCCAAAUUAGACAAAUCCCCGAAAUACCCGUUGAUCACAGGUGCAUCAGCAAAGUCUAGUUCUGCUUCUCGAAUUGAGUCAGCAAGUCACUGCGAACCCGGAACUCUGGACGCCAGCAAGAUCAAAGGCAAGAUCGUUUUGUGCAACCACUCGCAGAGUGACACGUCAAAGAUGGUGAAGGUCGAAGAGCUCCAGAGUGCCGGGGCGGUGGGAUCCAUCUUGGUGAACGACGCCGAGAGGUCGGUCACAACCGCCUACCUCGAUUUCCCGGUAACGGAGGUCACUUCUCAGGCCGCGGCGGACCUUUACAAGUACAUUUCCUCCACAAGUGAACCUGUCGCGACGAUCACGCCGAGUAUUACCGUGACAGAGCUCAAGCCGGCACCCGUCGUGGUCUACUUCUCGUCUAGGGGUCCGUCUGCACAAACGGGGAACAUCCUCAAGCCGGACGUGGCUGCCCCGGGGGUGAACAUCGUUGCGUCCUGGAUUCCAACGUCGUCACUUCCGGCCGGCCAGAAGCAGCCAUCGCAAUUCAACCUCAUCUCCGGGACAUCAAUGGCCUGCCCUCACGUCGCCGGGGCUGCGGCCACUGUCAAGGCCUGGAACCCGACGUGGAGCCCGGCAGCCAUCCGGUCAGCCAUCAUGACAACAGGGUCUCAAUUGAGUUUCCAUCCUCACUGA